UGAAGAACUUAUGACGUUGCGGCAGGCCUGUCGGUAUCGAUCGUUGCCGGACAUAAUCUCUUCUUGUGCCGCACGGCGUGCCUCCGUACGAAAUCCUCCUUUCGAAUAUGGUCACCAGCAUUAUUUCUCGUACGAAUAGCGGACCCGUGGAGGGAUUCGUUGAUACUCAUCCUGUCUCUGAAUAUUCAUCUGCUACUCGGAACCUCGGCCCUCUCAGCCCAAUCAAGAAAUGGCUUGGGAUUCCCUACGCCCAAGCACAACGAUGGCAGCGGGCCCAACCUCCUACGCCAUGGACUGAGCCUCUCCAGUGUUUCGAAUUCGGGCCUUCAUUUCCUCAGCCAAUAUCUGCCUUCGACGAGAUGUAUGCUGGAAGGAAAGGGUGGUUUAAUAGAGAUUUUCUGGGUCAGUCUGAGGACGCAUUCUCACUCAAUGUAUUCGCGCCAGCGACCGAAGGAUAUAGUAAAGUACCAGUCAUGGUAUGGGUGUAUGGAGGAAAUCUCAAUACAGGAUCUUCCAAUAUGCCCAUUUAUGAUCCUUCCGAAUUCGUGCGCGCGCAAGCUUCAAGCGAGACGCCUUGCGUUGUUGUCACAGGGAACUAUAGGUUGAAUGCCUUUGGCUGGCUAGCUACCAAGGAUCUAGCCGAAAUCAACGGGCAUGUCGGAAAUUUCGGUCUUCAUGAUGUUAUCGCCAUCUUUGAAUGGGUUAGGGCGAAUAUAAUGGAAUUUGGAGGUGACUCCAAUAAUGUAACUGCAUUUGGAGAGUCCGCUGGUGCAUUUCUCCUUGGGACUCUCCUCAAAUCCAGAAGGCGACUAUUCCACCGCUUAAUUCUUCAAUCAGGUGGUUAUGGGCUAAUGGGCGUCAAUCAGAAGCCUAAUUUCGCUCCGUAUGAUGAGCUCCUCGCCCAGAUUGACCCCAAGUUGACCUCGCUUUCUGCGGGGGAUCGAAUAAACCGAUUGAAGACCAUACCUACAGCCGAACUCCUCAACGCCACACAGGCUUUCUAUCACACUGGCAUAUGGUGUCUGACUUGUGAUCCUAACGAACCUGGUUGGGCAAGUUCAGUUUGGGACCUUGUCAACAAAGGCGAUUAUGAUCCUUGGAUAGAAAGCAUCAUCAUCGGCAUCAACCGCGAUGAAGGCACGUUUUUCAAUCACCGUAGUCAAUUCUGGAUUCGUGAGAAUGCAAUGAAGAUGAUCAAGGACAGAAGGGGCUUUGACGACGAAGUAUGCACACGACUAUUGGACAUGUAUCCCCCAGAGUAUGCUGCUCCUGAUCUUUCCGACCUUCGGUCAUUGCCGUCGACUAUGGUUUACUCGGAUUCUUGUUACUUAAUGCCUAUGCUCCAUGCAGGUAGCAAACUCACCACGGUUCCAAACUUACGAACCGGUAAACUAGCCCGAGUAUAUAUGUACCUGUGCCAUACCCUUCCGUCACGUUUGUUAGAAGGGUACGAACACUUUGGUGUACUGCAUACAGGAGAAAUACCCUUUAUUUUCAAGCGUUCCUCUCUGUGGGAGGGCUUGGACAACGGAAAGGAUGCAAAAACCUCCAACAUUUUUGGCAGAUUUUGGUCAUCAUUUGCGACUUCCGGUAGUCCAGGGAAUGAUUGGCCCAUGUUUACGAAGGAUGGAGGAGAGAUCUUGAUAUUCAGCGAUGGUGGAAAGGUUUCUGUGGGCAAUGCGUGGGAAAUCAGGCCAGCUGAGUGUCAGGCCUGGAUGAAUGCUGCUGAGAAGAGCAUCACGUCCGGAUCCAAGGAGACACUAGCCGAUCAAUAAUGAUUGAAGGCCCAAAGCCGGGUAGCAAGUGUUAUUUUCUGUAGUAAAGAGCUGGUGUCUCUCAGCCGAAUGCGACCCAUUCAGCGAGCCUUCAAUGUCUCGUCAGGUCCAUGGGUGCCAGACAAAAUGCCUGUCGACGCCCUUGAACCCCACCAUAGUCCAUAGUCCCC